CAGAGCUCUUCUCCUCAUGGUUUUGUUUUCUUGUUCGCAGUCUCCUGACGAGGACCUGCUGCAGCCGCCACCAUGAGUAAAUCCAGCACUUUAAAAGUCAAGAACUUGUUUAAAUCCAAGUCUCUGGAUAAAGAGAAUAAGGACAUAAAGAGGGCAGCGAGCAAAGAUGGCAUCCUCAGCAGUGCCGUGUCUCUACCGUCGAGUCCCGGAGCGGUCAGCCCAGUGGACCACAGCACCCUGCCCUCGCUCAUGUCCCCUGUGUCCCCCAAAGAGAAGAAGAGUAAAGGGAUGUUUUCACUAAAACUUAAGAGGAAAAAGCCCAAGCAGAAAGCAGAGGAUGUGUUCUUCCCGGAGACUGGAGAGCCAGACAGCUUUAGCCCUGGACACAUGAGCUAUGACCAGAUGAGCAUUUCCACUGAAUGUAGUUACCGCACGGAGCUGGAGUGGGACCCUCAGUGUGAAAAUACUUCCAUGAUGAGCUUCGACAUGAGCUCACCGCAAAGCCCAAAGUCACCCUCCAAAUUCUUUAAGAAUUCGGAGGACAAAAGGAAAAUGUUUGAGCGCAUCAGCAGUUUUUUUACUCCCAAGAAGAAGAAAAGCAAACUCCCUUCAGAAUCCUCCACAGAAGCAGAGUCCCCUCAGUCUCCACGAUCACCCCUGUAUCAGGAUGGGUUCAAGACACCAACUCAGUCUCCCAAAGCCAGUCUGCUGGAUGUAAAGAAAGGGGCAGAAUGUGGAGAUAAUCUCAGUCAGACGUCCACUCCCAGCACAGCCAGUCUGGUGUCUGUGUUGGCAGGUCACACAGAAGUACCCUUUGCCGACAGCAGCAGCAGUGGAAAAAGCAGUGUGCGAGAGGUGUCCGUGUGCAAAAUUAGCACAGCAGAGGGGAAUUCUGGGAACGUCACUUCUUCCACUUUUGAGAACAUUACUUUGUCUAGUGCUGGGUCCAGCUCUGCUUUAGGUUUUGCUGACUCAGUUGUGGAGGAGGUGAGCAAGAGGUUGCAGGUACAUCUGGAUGAACACAUCUACACAGAGAAACAAAAAGGAGAAAAAACUGGAAAAAAAGUCACACAAUUUACAGUUACAAGCCCUUUGUCUCCGCCGAAGUCGCCCAACCUCACAUCCAUCAGUUUAGCCACAAAGAAGAGCUCAGUGAAGAUAGGAGAACAUGGACACAGCACAAGUCUGUCAGGAAUCACUUUGGGGAGUCAGUCAUCCACACCUCACCUCAUCAGCACACGGCUGGACCUGGCACAUGCGCCAAUAGAAACCUCUAAAGUUGUUAAACAUAUUGUCACAGCCAUACAGGAACCUGCUGCAGUGAGCUCUUUACACCAGGAGGAUGAGGCAGCCAAGGCAGAGUCCCCUGUGCUUGUCAAAGCCAUAUGGGUGGAGACGCACCUGGGAGAGGAGGACUGGAGCAGGGAGGGGGAGACAGAUGGUUUAAUCCGAGGUUCGGAGGAGGGCUUCAGAGAGGACUCUCCUCUUGUGCUAGCUAUACCUGUUACAGUCAUUCCUGAGGAUGACUCAUUUAGGCAGAGCGGCACUGACAGACCAGCCACCCCCACAAAGAGCGCACCAUCAGGUGGCAGCCUGCCAGAGCUUGCACCCACCCAGGAGCCUCACACAGUCUCUGCACAGCCAGGGAGCACCAGCGCUGGCACUAACUCAAAACCAAGGUCUAUUACAGACACAUCUCCAGGAGAGGUCCGUGUCACACGUAAGACUGUGAGCCUGCCAUCAAAGCAUCGCAUUUUUGCCCACAAGGUGAACAUUAGCCCCGAGGGCAGCUCAGACGAGAACAAAACUACUGAAGAGGAGCACAGCAUAAGUUCAAAGGCUGAGGACAGAUGCAAGGCUAAAUUACCACCAACUAUUCCUGUUAAAGAGGAUGUUCCUGAAGAGUCCAAACCAGAGUCGCAGGCAGCUGACAAUAUUUCAAAGUUGGAUUUUAAAGCAGAGGAGCCAAUCAAAGCAAAGGAGCCAGUCAAAGCAGAGGAGCCAGUCAAAGCAGAGGAGCCAGUUAAAGCAGAGGAGCCAAUCAAAGCUGAGGAGCCAUUAGUUAUUGAGAAGACUGACUCUGAAACGUCCGAUUUCAACGACCCCUCUGUCUUUGUGGAAAUGCAGCGAGCUAAGUCUCAGAUGACGGGCCAGGAGACGAAAAAGACCUCCACUAGACCAGUUAGGACUUCAGGGUUACAGAGCCCAACCUCUGCAACAGGAGGCAAGACCAGAACUAUGAUGGUAAAGGCAAAAGUAUCCACAGAUGGAGCCAAGAAAGACCUAACAACAAAUCAGAGAGAUAGCAGCAAUGAUAGAACUGUUUCAAUGUUACCAACACUUAAGGAUCAAAGUUCACAAAGUUCAUCUUCUAGAACUAGGAUUCCUAAAAGCUCAACAUCACCAGUCACUCCUGAUAAAACUUUAGCAUCUGAGGCAGCUGGUUCCAGAGUUCGUAGACCAGUCAGGACCAAAGAACCUGUAAAAUCUCCAGUCAACACCAAACCAGAAAGAAGGUCUUCUGUAGAGGAAGUCAGAAGAAGAGGAGAGAUUUCUCCUUCCAAAUCUCCAUACAGGACCACUACGAAAACUAUCAGUGAAAAGUCAAAUGAAGGCAGUACCAAUGUGAAUAUUGUAAAUGGUUUGGAAAGCAAAGACAACAGUGUAAAACAUGUCAUCAACUUGAUAGAAAACAAGUCCAGAAGCCGGCUGCCUGUUACCUCUCCAGUCAGAAAGAGGAGUGAGGAAAUUCAAGAAUCACUAUCACCAACUGAGACACAGCCUACUGAAAGUCCUGACAGAGGACCCACAUCACCCAGACGCUUAUACAAAAGAAUACAUGAAGAUGAGACAGCUGGCUCUCCUCCCAAGCAAACAUCCUCCUCCAGGGUUAGUGAUUUGAAAUACAGAAAGAAGGAACCAGUGGACCCCCCAUCGCCAGUCAGUAAACUCCCAACGCUCGGCCAGAAAACUUCCAAAACUAAGUUAAAAAGAACUUCCCCAACGACGCCUUUAUCACCUACAUCCAAACAGAAAGACUCUCCUGUCAAAGAAGAUGUUUUAAUAGCUGAUGUGGAAAAGGACAAUAACAGCAAUUUAUUAACUAAGACAAUCACUCCAAAUGUUGACAACACCCAGUCCACUGCAAAUGAACUUAAGGUAAAGGAAGAUAGCACAACACAGUCUGCAAAUGAAGAGAUUUUGUCAAUAGAAAACAGCAGCAGAAAUGCCUUUAUAGAUGGGAGUGGCUCUGCCCCUGAGGGUAAAUUACAUUCACGAGAAAAUGCCUCAGUAAUAGAUGAUUUAAGACCAAAGCAAAUUCAGGAAAAUCUAGACUCUUUGGACAUGGAAACACAAGCUAAAGUAAAUAGCCACAAGGAUGAAAUAGAUACUAGCACCAAACCUGUUAUGCCUGACGUGACCAAUAGUGAUAUCAAACCAGAUCAGGAAGUUGUAUUGUCAAAUUCAGCAACAAGUGAGGUGGAAAAAGAUUUUAUAGCUAGUAAUCUUAUCGUGGAACAACGUUUAAAAGACCCAGCAUUGGCACCAGAGCAACCACUGUCAUCUGAUUCUGUGAAAAAUGAUUUACUAGAAAAAAGUUGUGAGGACACUGGCUUGAAACCCACUGGUAUUUCAGACAUUCAAAGUGUGACUGUCAGCGAGACUCCAAGUGAUGUACUAAACAAAGAGCCCAUUUUUUUGUCCGAGGAUGUUACAAAAAAGAGUGAAUCACAGCCAGAUGACAGCCGUUUAACAAACGAAAUUGAGCGUUCAGAAAUUUGUAGCAAAGAAGAGCCCAAAGUCAUAACAGUUUUGGAAGAAGUAGAGCAAUCCACCCCAUUGCAAGAUCAAAUAUCAAAUUUAUCACCAGAUUUGUCCAAAGUUCCAACAGAGGAUUUGAAUGUUCAAGUAGACAAAAGAUUGGAACUGGAGGAGGAAGAAAAGGUAAUCAGUGAAAUUAUACCAAAAGCUGAGGCCAGUUUGAAAGAAAAUGAAACUAAAAACGACAAACAAAUGAAUGUGCAUAUUAAAGAUUCAUCGUCGGAGGAGAAGAAUGAAGGCCCUGGUAGCAAAACUGAAUUAAGUACAGAAGAAGUAAGCGAUACACCAGCUCAGAUUUCAGUUACUGUAAAUGACAAGUUAGAAAAUGUGGAUUUGAAUGCUGAUAAAAUUUUGAUAAAAGGUGACACGGCCAAGCAAGAAAACACUGAAACAGUAAUCGUUGGAGGACUGUCUCAAGAAUCUAAAGCAGUCACGGCUGAAAGUGAAACAAAGGAAAAUGCAAAAAAUGAUUUGUCAGUAAAUAGCGUGAAAGAAACUACAACAGAUAAUGAUAGUAAGGCUCAGGUUAGCAUCCAAUCAGAUCAAAAGCCAGCAAUUGUUCAGGAAAAAUCUGAAAUAGUGUCUGAAUUAGAAUUAGAAAUGAGUGGCAAAACUGCAGUUACAAAUUCCAGUAUUGAAUCAUUGGACUGUGAAGUGAAACCAGUGACUGAAGACAAUACGCCAGUAGCUGACACAUUGAGCACAACAAUGAAUAAGGAAGAUGAAAGUGAAUUAGCAAAACAACCAAGGGACUCUGUAUUUUCUGUUAGUGAAGUUAGUAAGCUGUCAGUAGAAUCUUCAAAGACAGAAAUUAAAACUGAAGCCCAAACUGACCAAGUAAAUGGGAUUUCUCCUGUGAAACAAAAUGAAAAUAUCAAAUUAGAGUCUCAGAAUGCAACUGUUGUCAAAGAUGGUGAGAAACCCAAAGAGCCAGCGCCCAAGCUUUGUGACAAUGAGAACCAAGAGCGUGACUUGAAAUCGGUGACUGAAGAUAUUACGUCAAUAGUAAACACACUGGACAUAACAAUGAAUAAGGAAGAUGAAAGUGACUUAACAAAACAACCAAGGGAUUUUGUGCAUUAUAAUAGUGAAGUUAGCAAAAAGGAACAAAAGUCCAGUCCAGCAAAGACAGAAAUUUAA